AUGGCUCAGAAUCGAAACCCCAUCUACGUCACCGUCCCUUUUGAAGAUGCGGCGGAUGCUAACGCCAAGAACAGCAAAGUGCCUAGGGAACAGGACAGGGUCGGCCUCUGGGGCGGUAGCGGCGGUGGCGAGGGCAAGUUCGAGGUCGUGGUGGUUUACAUGGAUAACGAUAAGCCAUGCUACCGUGCGAGGGAGAGGGCUAUAAUCGACCAGAGCAUCCCGGUCGCGCUGGGCUCUCACCCCUCGUUCAUUCGCGUCCGACUCGACUGGCCGGGAGAGCUUCGCGGGCUGCCAAACCAUGUCAUACAGUAUGACGAUGUCCGCCAAAUCAAAGCGCAUUAUAGUCAGACGCCAAGGGAGGACGGAGGCCCAAAAGACGACGACUGGUGGUCCUACCUCGCCGACACACACAACUUCCUGAUUCGCCUACAGGACUGCAAGCAACCCAACGGCUUCGAGAUGACGGCAAUCCUCAGGGGGCAGGCGGACGACCUUGGCGGGCUCUUUUACGUCCCGGAGUGUCACAUUGUCGUCAAGCCUGGUAAGGAAAAGCAUCUGGAAGCAAGAGCCCAGGCCCUGCAUAGAGAUGGGAAAUACACGCCCUACAUGUUCUGCGAAGAAAAGAGGGCUGCCCUCCUAAGAAACUGGUUUACCAAGCGCUUCUUCGUCAGCGCGGUUGAGGUAGGACAGGACACGGGCAACUGGGUCACCAUCAUCUUCGACAGAUAUGUCAACCAACGAUUCGAAAAGGUUCCGCACCUCUACAUCCUUGACCCCAACCCCAACGGGCGGACCGAGCGUGCCGACCACACCAUCCAGGUAUGGAGAGAAAUCCUCAGGGAGAUCGGGUACUCGUCGACCUUUAUGGCCUAUGUCCUCCCCCUGACAAGCAGGCCGCACGACUGGACAACCGGCUACAUCGCCUUGUUUAGUGCUUUGCAGGCUAUGCGCGGUCUCUCGGGGCAGAACACGGCGGAGAUAGGGCUGAGCAAGGAGUUUGACGUCCUCACGCGCUACUUCUUGCCACCGGUUCCCGGCCCGGACCACAUAACGCCCGCGCAGCUUGCCGAUAGGAAAAACCGCCGCUUCCUGGAUGGCGGCAAGAGCGACCUUCGUUUCCGGGACUGGUGCAUCAGCAUCACCCGCAAGGGACCGGUCACCGACAAGCCUCGUUCGUUGGAUUGGGUGUUGCAUCACUUGGUUGCCUGUGCGGCAAUGGAACUGGGGAUCAGGAAACACACGGCGUUUACAGAAGCGCCCCUUCGCAACGUAUGCUUCAACCUGGAGCCGCUGGCUUCGAAUAUAGAGCGAUGGGGAACGCUGGAUGCCAAAGACCACCGAACAAUAUUCGGGGGCUUCAACCCGGUCUGCCCCCCCUUUGCCACUCAGCAGCGAUUUGGCGUAAGUAUGUUCGACGUGGCCCGUGACGACUUUACUGAGUAUGGCCCCGGUGGGAGACCUCUAUACUUGCUGCGCCGAAGGGCGGUACAGACAAUUGUUCCAACAAAGGACGAUUGCAACCCCAAUAUGAAGUAG